UCAGAGGUAACCUGUUUUUCUUCUCUAUCCUUUAUUCCAAUUCCUCCCUGCGCCAUUAUCCACUUCCUUCCCCGUCCGUAACCUUCCUCGGAGUCGCAACGAUGGAGUCUGCGUCGCUCAUGUCACUCGGCAAUCCAUUCCCGUGCACCUCCCAAUCCCCAAGAUCCCGGUGUCCAUCAGAGCCCAAGAAGAUCCGUUUGGCAUGCCGCAGGAGGGCUCCCCCUCUGAAGGCAACCUGUGAGAUCUCUAGGCGGAGGGCGGUUUCAGGGAUGGUGGUUCUUGGCGCAGCGGCCUCAUGCAUCGAUCCUCUUGCCCUCCCCGUGCCGGCGCAGGCAGCAAUGCCGGAGCCUGACGUUAUCAGGUACCGGAAGCUGGACAGUGGAGUGAUACUCGAAGAUGUCGUCGAAGGGGAGGGACCUGAAGCACGGGAAGGCGAUCUAGUGAAGUUCAACUAUGUAUGCCGCCGUGCAAAUGGUUAUUUCGUGCAUAGCACAGUAGACCAGUUCAGCGGCGAGAGCAAGCCGGUCACACUCCCACUUGGUGGAGAAGAGAUUAUUCAAGGCCUUAAAGAUGUACUAAUCGGGAUGAAGGCUGGAGGCAAGAGGAGGGCUUUAAUUCCACCUGAAGUUGGCUACAUCAGUGAGACCUUGAAGCCCAUACCAGAAGAGUUCGGACCACGGCGGAGUCUGCUGUCUCAUGCCAAGGAGCCUCUGGUGUUUGAGGUUCAGUUGCUGAAGGUCCUGUGAUUCUGCAUUUCUGUCAUCGUAUCAUGAUAUCAUCAUCAUCCUUGGUCAAUACAGACGCUGUUCCAAGGGAGUCGUACUGAACUUGAAUUUUCUUCCAUGGAAAACGAAAUCAUCGUCUAGGUUGAAUUAAUGAAAGAGUCAAACAGCAGCCAUCCAGCUUUUGUCAAAACAUCGGGACCCUCUGAAUAGUUAUGCACUGUAACUGGACAAGCGGAUCAAAAUUUUCAGAACUUCCUCAUGACUAUUUUCAAACAAA